CGAUCGCUUUCGUUCCCGUAUUUGAUACCGGUUGCCUCGAUUGGCCAUUGCAGUUCGGGAGAGAGAUCACGAUGCCCGGGCCAACCAGGCCUUAGUCCAGCCUCGAGCCUCCUGCCCGCCUCUCUCCCUGUCGGCCUGGUGACGGUGCCAGUCUCCGGUCACCUUGGCGAUUUCAAGACCUCCAGCUCAACUGGUUGUCGAGUUGCUAUGACGACUGAGAGUCCCGGUGGUCCAACCUCUGGUCUGGUGCAGUGGUCGGAUGAGCCAAUCAUGAGGAUGGCUGAAUCUGCAGUCAUGACGUCUGAAGGAGUUAUGGUUGGCCGAAUUCGAGAGAAUCAAACUUUUGGUCGACAGGACCGGCUGAAACGCAAGUUGGAGGCGGAAGACGCUGACGGACACUCGAGAGGACCUGUGGGGUUGGACGCCGAUACGAUUGCAUUGACUGCCGACUGGCCGACAACUUGGCAGGCUGAAAUGCCUCAGCCACAAGACGGAUUGAAGGAAGAAAUUCCGUUACUUCAUAAAUUCAACAAAGUUUCUGUAAGUCCAGCACUUGGCUAUUGA